AAAAAAUUAUAUAUUGUUUUAAACUUUGAUAAGUGAUUUCUUAGCGAAGGAAGUAAAUGAUGUCUUCUCUAGUAAUCUGCUAGGACCUGGGAGUCACUGCUUCUUCCGCCCGGGCCUGGUGUCUGUAGUGGAGAAACAGUCGCCGUCAUGUCGGCUGCCAUCGCAGCUUUAGCCGCUUCCUAUGGUUCGGGCUCGGGGUCUGAAUCGGACUCGGACAGUGAGGGUGGUCGGUGUCCGUUGCCAGCCGCCGACUCCCUCAUGCAUCUGACUAAAUCUCCCUCGGCCAAGCCCUCGCUGGCAGUGGCGGUGGACUCGGCUCCGGAGGUGGCCGUUAAGGAAGAUUUGGAGACUGGAGUUCACCUUGACCCUGCCGUGAAAGAAGUUCAAUACAAUCCUACCUAUGAGACCAUGUUUGCUCCUGAGUUUGGACCAGAAAAUCCCUUUAGGACACAGCAAAUGGCUGCCCCUAGAAAUAUGCUAUCUGGAUAUGCUGAACCAGCUCAUAUCAAUGAUUUCAUGUUCGAACAGCAAAGAAGAACUUUUGCUACGUAUGGUUAUGCAUUAGACCCUUCAUUAGAUAAUCACCAAGUAUCUGCUAAAUACAUUGGCUCUGUAGAAGAGGCUGAAAAAAAUCAAGGUUUAACUGUCUUUGAAACUGGCCAGAAGAAAACAGAAAAGAGGAAAAAGUUCAAAGAAAAUGAUGCAUCUAAUAUUGAUGGUUUCUUGGGACCAUGGGCAAAAUAUGUGGAUGAAAAAGAUGUAGCUAAACCUUCAGAAGAAGAACAAAAAGAAUUGGAUGAAAUUACAGCAAAGAGGCAGAAAAAAGGCAAACAGGAAGAUGAGAAACCUGGGGAGGAGAAAACAAUCCUACAUGUUAAAGAAAUGUAUGACUAUCAAGGCAGGUCCUACCUUCACAUACCUCAAGAUGUUGGUGUUAACCUGAGGUCAUCUGUACCACCUGAAAAGUGUUACCUUCCCAAAAAACAAAUUCAUGUGUGGUCUGGACACACAAAGGGAGUCAGUGCAGUCAGAUUGUUUCCUCUCUCUGGCCAUUUAUUGCUGUCUUGUUCCAUGGACUGUAAAAUUAAGCUAUGGGAAGUUUAUGGAGACCGGCGCUGUCUGCGAACAUUUAUUGGUCACAGCAAAGCUGUUAGAGACAUCUGCUUCAACACUGCAGGAACACAGUUUCUUAGUGCAGCCUAUGACAGAUAUCUUAAACUCUGGGACACAGAGACAGGACAAUGUAUAUCAAGGUUUACAAACCGAAAAGUGCCCUAUUGUGUCAAAUUCAAUCCUGAUGAAGAUAAGCAAAAUCUCUUUGUGGCUGGGAUGUCUGAUAAAAAGAUUGUACAAUGGGACAUUAGAAGUGGAGAAAUUGUCCAGGAAUAUGAUCGGCAUUUGGGUGCUGUCAACACCAUUGUUUUUGUGGACGAGAAUAGGAGAUUUGUGAGCACAUCUGAUGAUAAGAGCCUUAGAGUUUGGGAGUGGGAUAUCCCUGUGGAUUUCAAAUACAUAGCAGAACCUAGCAUGCAUUCCAUGCCUGCAGUGACUUUGUCUCCAAAUGGAAAAUGGUUAGCAUGCCAAUCAAUGGACAACCAGAUCUUAAUUUUUGGAGCACAGAACAGAUUCAGGUUAAAUAAGAAAAAAAUUUUUAAGGGCCAUAUGGUUGCAGGCUAUGCUUGUCAGGUAGACUUUUCACCAGAUAUGAGCUAUGUGAUUUCAGGAGACGGAAAUGGAAAAUUAAAUAUCUGGGACUGGAAAACCACAAAACUGUACAGUCGGUUUAAAGCUCAUGAUAAGGUGUGCAUAGGUGCAGUGUGGCAUCCACAUGAAACUUCCAAGGUCAUCACAUGCGGGUGGGAUGGUCUCAUCAAACUGUGGGAUUAAUGGGAAUAGCCCUUCAACUACCUAGGAUCAUUUUUUGAUCCAAAGUCAUAUUUAACUAUAUUUAAUUAUUAAAUGUUAGUUGACAACUUGAUUUAUAGAUAAUGUUUUCCUUGUAUGGCCUUAUGAAAUUGAACCAUUGUUCAAAAAAAAGUUUGUAAAUUUGCCUCAUAUAAUUUCAUUGGUAACUUCAUUUUGUUCUUUAUAGGUGUUAUUUAAACAAAGAAUGACCAUUGACUUUCUAUUUGACAAGCCAUUCUUGUUGCUGGGCAGUUUGUAUUUAUCCCCAUAUGUCAUUACUGAAAGGAUCUCUUUGGUGUCAAGAAAGAACCCCUUCUUGGGUUUGGGAUCCAGAGAAAAUAAUGUAGUGAAUGACUAAGAAAGAUAACAUGUAUUUACCAGUUCAACUAAAAGAGUGAUAGAGAACAGGGAUAGUGUAAUUUAAUAUAUACUCAAAGAAUACAAUCUCUUCCAAUUACUGUUCCCAGUACUUUCAGUGGAACAAGUUCUAAUCUUUGGCUUCAUGAAUUUCACGGUGUUUUUACAUACGUUCUAUAUUUUUAGUUGUAAAUCAGUCUUUGAUUGCAACAUCCCUGAAAUUAUUAAACAAUGUAAAAUUAAAAAUCAGAUACUUCCUCAUCAGUGUGCACAGGAAGCAAAGAAUUACAUUAUUUCUGAAGCUGGAAUUCGAGAGAAUGAGCCACUGUUCUGAAUUGAUGUUCACUGUCAGUGUGGAUGUGGCCACACCCUCAGAAAUCACGGCUGGUGUGUCAUACACAAAUGUUACUCCUGAAAUCUCCUCAUAGGAGGCAGAGUAGAAAGACAUUUUAGCAUUCUCAUUUUGCUUGUGGAUCCAAAAAAACAGAACUUUUUAGGAUUAUAUAAAAAUGAAACCUCUCUCCAAGUAUUUAGGGGGAGAAAAAUGACACUACAGGAAGAUAUCUAGAGUUCCCCAGUCUGAGAAGCAAUGACUGUGCUUUAAAAAAAAUAGUAAUAAUAAUGACAGUAUAGUUAAAAAGUUUUAGAUUAUGAAAUCUCAACAGCCUCUUGAGUAUAGUCACUAAUAGCACUUUAGUCUGACAAGUUAUUUCUCCUGCUUUACAAAUCUAUGUUCGUUGUUUAAAUGGCUUGAAAUAUUUCAGAAGGACCGUAUGACAAAAAUUGGCUGAUAGCUGUUCCAAGUGCUGUCUUAGAGAGCAAAAUCAUGUUGAGUGUUGAUAAUUUAAGAACAUCACCUCUGAGGCGUGUGCUACUAUCCUUGCAGCACAGGUUUCUUGCCCUUAGAGAGCUUCUGUUUUUAAAUUUAAGAACGCCUGGCAAAGAGGACUAGGCUUUUUGUCACGUAUGAAUGAAUUUCAAAGAAGAAAAUAGGAAAAGAGCAUAAAAGUGCAUAGGCAUAUUGAAUCAUAGGCACACAAUCAUACUGCCUAGCUGCUGCCAUUUCUGUAUCUUUUGGGAAGGGUGGAAUGUAAGAGGAAGGAAUUCAGAUAAAACAUUUCUUUAGUCCCAAGCACUGGUUUUAAUAAAUGUGGACUAUUGAAAUGUGAUGGGAUUUAAACUGUUGUUCAGCACCAAUAUUGUGUAUGUUACAAAUCAUAAUUUCUAAAUCUGGAUUUAUUUUUUUGUGUUUUUGACUUUCUAAGCUAAGUAGCUGUAUAUAAAAGUUUUCUCUGUUUUUGAAAAGAUCCUAUUUUUAAAUAAAGCAUUUUUUAUAUAAA